GGGGGCAAUGUUGGCACAACAAGAAGCACAAGGAAAGAAAGAACAUGCAAUCUACUACAUCAGCAAAAAGUUCAAUGAUUGUGAGUGUAAGUACACGGCUUUAGAAAAAACAUGUGGUGUCCUAGCUUGGGCAGCAAAAAGGUUAAGGCAGUAUAUGUUGUAUCACACAACUCAUUUAGUAUCCCAAAUGGACCCCAUCAAGUACAUAUUCGAAAACCCCACAUUUGCUGGGCACCUCGCCAGAUGGCAAGUCCUCUUAGCAGAAUUCGACACUGUUUACAUAACAAGAAAAGAAAUUAAAGGGAGCGUCGUUGCCGACCAUUUAGCAGAGCAUGCUAUUACAAAUCCCGAAUCCAUGAUAAUGGAUUUCCCAGAUGAGAACAUAAUGACAACAGAGGAAGAAAAAGAAAGCUUACCACAUGGGAGUUGGAUCAUGAAGUUUGACAUAGCUUCUAAUGCUUUAGGGCAAAGAGUGGGGGCCGUCUUUAUGUCCCCGGAAGGCGAAAUAAUGCCAAUUACAACCAAACACUGCUUCACGUGUGCCAACAAUGUGGCAGAAUAUGAAGCAUGCGCCUUCGGCAUACGAGCCGCACUUGGAAUGGGGAUAAAAAGGUUGAAGGUGUAUGGAGACUCUGCACUAGUAAUCUUUCAAAUAAGAGAUGAAUGGGAGACCUGAGACUCAAAGCUCAUCCCAUAUCAGAAGCUCAUCAAAGAAUUGAUAUUGCACUUUUAAGAAGUAACGUUCAAACAUGUAUCACGAGUGGAAAACCAAGUUGCAGAUGUGUUGGCUACCCUCGCAUCGAUGUACAAAAUGGAAGAAAUGGGUGAAGCACCAUGUAUUAAGAUCAAGAAACGAGAUGCUCCCGCAUACCUCAUGAAUAUUGAUGGGGAACCAGAUGGCAAACCGUGGUAUUAUGACAUCCUAACCUAUAUCAAAGAAAAAGAAUACCCGCCAGGGGCGUUUGAAAAUGACAAAAGGACUAUACGCAAAUUGGCCUAUGGGUUCUAUUUGAGCGGAUCGACCUUGUACAAAAGAAACCACGACUCAACACUGUUGAGAUGUGUAAAUGCAAAGGAAUCCUCAAGAAUAAUUGAAGAAAUACAUGAAGGUAUAUGCGGUACACAUGCAAGUGGUCACGUCAUGGCUCGGAAAAUAUUGAGGAUGGGGUAUUACUGGACUAAAAUGGAGGGAGACUGCAUCCACUAUGUUCGGAAAUGCCACAAGUGCCAGGUGUAUGCGGAUGAAAUUCAUAUUCCCCAUGCCCCCCUCCAUGUCAUGUCAUCACCCUGGCCUUUUGUCGUCUGGGGAAUAGAUGUUAUCGGAUCAAUCGAACCCAAAGCAUCAAAUGGUUAUCGAUUCAUCUUAGUAGCAAUAGAUUACUUCAUCAAAUGGGUGGAAGCGGCCUCCUACGCGAACAUAACCAGAAGUGUGGUAGUAAAGUUUAUCAAGGAGAUUAUUUGUCGUUAUGGAUUGCCAGAAAGGAUGAUCAUCGACAAUGCGAAAAACCUGAACAACAAAAUGAUGGAUUAACUCUGUGAACAAUUUAAAAUCAAACACCAUAACUCUGUACCAUAUCGGCCCAAGAUGAACGGUGAUGUCGAAGCCGCAAACAAGAACAUUAACAAAAUCAUCCAAAAGAUGGUGAUCACAUAUAAGGAUUGGAAUGAAAUGCUACCAUUUUCUCUGCAUGGAUAUAGAACAACAGUGAGAACAUUGAUGGGUGCAACACCUUUUUCUCUGGUUUAUGGGAUGGAAGCAGUGUUGCCAAUUGAAGUAGAGAUACCAUCCUUGAGGGUAUUAAAAGAAGCAGAACUCGAAGAUGCCAAAUGGGUUAAUGCCAGGUAUGACCAGUUAAACCUGACUGAGGAAAAAAGGCUAAGGGCCAUCCGUCAUGGUCAUCUCUAUCAAAGACGUUUAAUCAGAGCAUUUGAGAAAAAAGGUGAAGCCGAGACAAUUUCGUGAAUUAGAGCUGGUCUUAAAGAAAAUUCUGCUCCGACAAGGAGAUCCAAGAGGGAAAUGGGCCCCUAACUACGAAGAUCCCUAUGUAGUAAAGAAGGCCUUCUUAGGAGGAGCGCUUAUAUUAACAGAUAUGGACGGGGAUGAGUUACCAUAUCUAGUGAACUCUGACUCGGUGAAAAAAUACUAUGCCUGAGGACGAAGUAACGCUCGAUCAAACCCACGAGAAUAAUGGGACAAGUGCAAGGUGGACUGUCAAAUCAUGAAUCUCUUUAGUAUUUCUCGUACUUGCUCUAUAUCCUUUCCUUUUACGCCCCAUCAAUAAAAUUCCAUGAGAAUUCGUCUCAAUCAUGCACUUGUUACUCUCCUUUACUUAUCAUUCUGCCCCCAACUUGCAACUGAUUGUUGCAUCCUAUACCAUCCAAUCACAAAUAUGACCCCGUGAUAGUCACCCAACAACUAUACAUUCGCUUAAACUAGCUACGGAUUCACAGUCUCAAAAAGUUUAAACGAUUCGUGACUAGCAUACGAUCAAAAGGAACAAUAACAAUUUCGAAGCAAUUUAACAAAAAUUCUCAUGAGAACUAGGGUGACGUCGUCUUUUUGUUCCUUUCCUCCCUUGGUCUUGCCCCGCACAAGAAAGGAAAGAUUCAAUAAUUGUUACAGUCUUAA